UCGGAGCAUUAGCCGUCGUUACUUCUGCCAAGAAGCCUAGCCUAUUGUUAUAAUUUUUGGAAGCCGAUGGAUGAGGCGCACACAUUUGUGGUGGAAUCGCCUUUCUAGUUCCCGCUUUAGGUAUUCCCCAUCCCUCAAAGCAAAUGACACCACAAUUUGAAUUCCCACACCUAAUCCGACAGCGCUCAGGACCCGGCUGAGUGAGUUAUUUUACCAAAGACCUGUUGAGUGCGCAGUGAGCAACAAGCGCAGGGAAUCAAGAGACUUGCUGCCAAUUUCUAGACUGGAUCCAGAAUUCGCUUUCCGGGCGGUGGAUUACAAGUUUGGGGAAACAACCUAACAAAGGAUCUCAGAGUUUGCUGCAAAAGAUAAUGUGAUAGUUUGAAGAUUUUGCUUGACAGCGUUUUUAUACUGUUGAGUUUGCGAAUAGACUAACAUUUUUGACGCAGGCGGCAACUUUUUGGUGGUUCUAAAUUCUAAAUAGCCUAGUGAUUCGGGAAUUUGCUAGCCUAGGCUAUUGCUUUUUCCAACACCUGCGGAUUAUUCUUGAGGUGCAAAAAAUGCUCAAUCGUUUUUGGAUGUAUUGUGGACAAAGGAAUUAAUUCAAGAAAAGUUAUCAUAACCGUUUCGCAAGCUAUGGAGCAAUUUUGCAGAGUGCUGUCGCUAACCACAUUUGUAACUUUAAUCCAGGUCAAUGGUAAAGCUGUUAUCCCGUCUGAGCAUCCAGGCCUCCAGUUGCUGGCCACGGCCUCGCACUACUGGCCUCUGGAUGCUGUGGAUGGGAUUCACGGACUUUGGGACCAGAUUGGAAACAGAACAGGUUAUGUUAAUGGAAGUAAUAUAACUCUCAGAAUCCACAACCACACUGUGCUCCCUUCCUCCCAUAACACUUCUUCUGUGUAUACCAAUGAUUCUGCCUACACUAACAUUUCUGCAACUGUAGACAUCGUAGAAGGAAUGGUUAACAAGGGGAUUUAUCUGAAUGGAGAUAACGGGGCCACCUUUUUGCACUUUGGGAACUACAAGAAUUCAUGCAUCAGUGACCCAACCCUGUGUGGCUCUGAAGGAAUCACAUUUUCCUUUUUUUGGAAGAACCAGGAGGCAGGGUCCCGCUUUGCCAUUUCUUCAGGGGGGAAAGUCAUUUCCAAUGGGUUCUCUGUCUACACAAAUGCUCAUGGGGGAUAUGUGGAGUUUUACACAAGGGGAGACUCUAAGAGAUGGACAGCAAAAAUCGAGAUUCCAGGGCCUUACUGGACACACGUCCUAUUCACCUGGACCCAGAAGGAUGGCCUGAACGUCUACGUCAAUGGUACCUUCAGCAUCAGUGACCCGGAGGGGAACGUGUCCCAAAACUACGGGGACCCUCAUCAAAACCUAGUCAUCGGGACCGACAACAAGGAGUUCUACAAGUACUACGCAACCGGAACCUUUGACGAAUUUGUCAUCUGGGAGCGGGCCCUUUCUCCUGAAGAAAUCAUGCUGUACUACAAGGCCGUGACAGGUGAAUCUUGGGUUGCUCCGACAACGGCAUCUGUUCCUACUUCCACCACUACUUUGGUGGAUACUCCUGUGCCACCUACGGAAGCCUCUCUCCCUGUGGUCACCGAUCUGCCGGAGGAACUCCAGAUUUAUGAGUACCCCGUCUCCAUGCCAGGGACUGUGUCCAUCAGCCUUCCUAAAAAGAACAUUGGCCAGGACACUGCCAACAACCUCACCCUGGCCUUUUUGAAGAGCGUGGAAGAGGUCCUCUCCGCGCCGGGGUGGCCUGAAGAGGAGGAGCAGUCGAUCCCUAUGGUUAGCGGCUUGAUCGAGACUGUGGACAGAGUCAUGAUCCACAUGGUGUCCAACCUGGAGUCCAGUUCCCAAUCAGUUAUUUCUAUUGGUGGGAAAUCUUCCGUGGCAGAUUACUCGCUGAUGAAGAUACCGCAGAACUACAAUCUGCCACUCUACCGCUUCCCCACGCAGGGCAAGAACUACAUCUCUGUCCCUGGGGAGGCCUUCACCCAACAGGCUCAAACCACCAUUGUAGGCCUGUUCUACCACACCAUGCACAACUACUACAAAGAAAUCAGCCCGCUGAAAACCAAGAUCAACGAGGCGGCCGAUUUUAAAGAUCACAAGAUCCAGGUGGCCAGUUUCCUCAUCUCUCUGAAGGUGGAGCCCUCCCCCGCCCUGUCCGUUAACCUGUCGGGGGCCCCUCUGAUAAAAAUCGUCCUCACGCAUCUCCUGAAUAAAGAACAGUACAGUAUUGCCUCAAAUCAGAGCAACAAGGUCUUCCUCUACUGCGCCUUCCUAGACUACAGUAACAAGGAAGGCGUGUGGUCCAACGAGGGCUGUGUCCGGUCUGGCGGGAACCUGUCUUACUCCAUCUGUCUGUGUAACCACCUCACCAACUUUGCCAUUCUCAUGCAGGUGGUGCCAGUGGAGCUCACCACGGCCCACCAGGUGGCACUGUCCACCAUCAGCUACAUUGGCUGCUCCAUCUCCAUCUUCUGUCUGGCUAUCACCCUGGUCACCUUUGCCAUCCUUUCAUCCGUGAGCACCAUCCGGAACCAGCGCUACCACAUCCACGCCAACCUGUCCUUCUCCAUCCUGGUGGCCCAGAUCCUGCUUCUCAUCAGCUUCCGUUUCGAGGCGGGCACGCUCCCCUGUAAAGUUAUGGCUAUCCUCUUGCACUUCUUCUUCCUGAGUGCCUUCUCCUGGAUGCUGGUGGAGGGGCUGCACCUCUACAGCAUGGUCAUCAAAGUUUUUGGAUCCGAGGGCAGCAAACACUUCUACUACUACGGGAUUGGCUGGGGAUCUCCGCUGGUGAUCUGUGUGGUGUCCGUGACCUCGGCCUUAGACAGCUACGGUGAGGUGGGGAACUGCUGGUUGUCUCUGGAGAAUGGAGCCAUCUGGGCCUUUGUGGCUCCUGCACUCUUUGUCAUCGUGGUGAACAUCGGGAUUCUAAUCGCUGUGACCAGGAUUAUCUCCAGGAUCAGUGCAGAGAACUACAAGGUGCACGGGGAUGCCAAUUCAGUCAAACUGACCGCUAAGGCUGUGGCUGUUCUCCUCCCCAUUCUGGGCAUUUCCUGGGUUUUUGGAGUCCUGGCCAUCAAUGACCAUUCCUUGCUGUUCCAGUACCUGUUUGCUGUGUUCAAUUCCUUACAGGGAUUCUUCAUCUUUUUAUUCCACUGUCUUCUCAACUCAGAGGUCAGAGCCGCCUUCAAGCACAAGACCAAGGUGUGGUCCCUAACCAGCAGCUCUAUCCGCAACAUCCACGUGAAGCCUUUCAAUUCAGAUAUUAUGAAUGGAAACAGAGCAUGCAUGACCCCAACAAAGAUGCACACGUGGGACAAAAGCACAAAUUCUGCCAAUCGCAUUGACCUGUCAGCAGUGUAGCACCUGUAACACUCAAUGGAAGAUGGAGGACAACAGCUAAAAUCCAUUUGCUUAAACAUAAUAGCUAACACUGGCUACUUCAGGUAAUCAACCAUUUAUGUGAGGAUCCCACUGUGGUUUGCCCAACCCUGACCACAUCACACAUUCCCUCUCAUUCACCAAAUGCAAGACUGAAAGGUCAUAUGGACACAAUGAAAGAAAAUGGAUUGAUACAGUACUAUCUACACUUCAAGACCAAAUAAUCGUAUUACAUGUUUGCAAAGAAUGUUUCUAAUGUCAUGGAAUAUAUAAACCUUAAAGUAUUUUGGACUGUGACAUUUUGGAUUCAAACAUUUGCUGAAUCAACAAAAACUCUUUGUCAGAGCAGUUUAAGAGAAGAGACAAGCAGGCAAAUAAAACAAAUGUCACCUAACAGGUGCAUGGACAUCAUCAGAUAACCAGGGAUACACACGAAACGAAAAACAAUAACCGAGCAACUAAAUAAUUCAGGAAAGCUAUCAUUUUGAAUCAAAUUCUGUUUGCUUUUGGGAGGAACGGUGAGACUUGCUUUUCGCGUGACAGGGCUGCCCGUUGAACUCCGUGAGAAAACACUCAUCAUCUCAAACAUCUCACAGCCCAUUAAACAACUCCCCGCAGACCGUAACCUCCAUCUCUCCUUGGGCCCUCGCUGCCAGAUCGUUCAGUGUAGUGCUAUCAGCAGAUGAAAGUCAUGUCUUAACGGUGUGUCCCUCCUUUGUGCAGAACUGAUGAAUCGAAGACCGUGCCUCUGGGCACCUGUUGAAAGAUGUGUGGGUUGCUGUUCUGUCUUUGUAAAACCAAAUUCCCACCUACUCUUUCCCCCCUGUUUUCUUUUUGUCAGAUUCUUAAAAUAGGGUGAUGGGGGGAGGGUGGGGGGGCAGCUGUAGCAUGCUUGCUGCUGGUAGAAAAAGUAUUCUGUUUUUCCCUGUAAUAACUCACUGCCCACUGCAUGUACAUGUAUUUCUGUUUGCAGGAUGCUUGUUCAGUCAGAAUGUGCAUGCAGAUGGGAGAAGGUUGUUCAUUAAUGAUCCAGGUCAUGUGCAGGCACAGUGAAAUUCCAUAUUCAGAGGCAGUUUUCUGUCUCUACAAAGGGAAAUAUGUAAGAGUACAGGUAUUCACCGUUGGUACUGCUCCAUCUGAAUAGCUUAAAUGUAUAGCUCUGUAUACCCAAAAGUCACUGAGGCAAUACCAUGAAAGUCAAAAUAUGGAGCUGUUUGGCAUUAUUUGUUACUGAAAAUAUUUCUACUUUUUUUUUUUAAAUGACAAAACAGUCACUCUUAUCUGCUGAUUCUGUACUAAAGUAGAGCAAAAGAGAGCUUGUUAUCACAAGUAAAAUUAAGAGGUAGCUUUGACCUUUUUAUUCUUAUAAUUGGUACAAACUAAUUAUCUGUUCAUAGGACAGAAUUAUGGGUUUAUUGUGUGAGGGACAAUCUCAGCAUAGAUAUGGGGACAUGCCAUUGACAUCAUUUGUCAGUCCAAAGAUUUCUCCGUUUUGCUCAUGUAGAAUUUGGUAUAAAACAAACCAAUGCUUUUCAUAUACUUUAUAUGCAUUUCUAAGCUGUAAUUAAGCAGUAUGCCCUUUGCAAAUGGCACUGGGCUUAUUUUAUGUGAAAUCAAGCAAUAACUCUAAUUUAAGUUAUUCAUAUCUGUUUCAGUAUAAAUGGUGUAUUAAUUACGUCUGAUUGUAUGUGUGCUUUUAUUUCUGGUGUGACUGUACUGCAAGUCACAGGUUUAACAGCUAUGUUAAUCUAGGUGACCUGUGAUUCCUUGUCCUGAAGGAAUGUUACAGUAUGUAUUUUGUUCACUGGGGAACAUAGUUUUCACUUGUGAGUAUAAUGCCUUUUUCCUUUUGAUAAGGUUCUGCAUAUUAAGCAUUAAAGAUUUAUUAUGCAAUAUUUAUUAUAAAUAUUGCUUUUUUGUCCCAGCAAAAAAAAACCCCAAAAAAACAGCAAGAGUAAAAUGGCAAAGCUCAAAAGGGCUAUUACACAGAAUGUGCAUUCAUUCUAAUACAAACUUUGAUAAAUCUGGAAUGUAUGUUGUGUUGUAUGUUCUGUUGUUAGUUUUUUUGCUGUUGUUGUUGUGAGGAUGGCUUACUCUCAGCCAUAAGAACUUAUGUAAAAGCCAUAGUUCACUUGCGAAGUGAAGAUCUGUUCAAUGAAGGUAUUGUCUUCUGUACCUCACAUUUCCGAUAACUGCAGUUAUUUUUUUUGGUCAACACAUGAAGAAAAA